GAUUUAUCAUGUUGAUGAUACCCCUUCAGGACCUGCAGGUGGACACCUUGAUUACAGCAGAGCUAUUGAAGGAACAAGAGAUCCAAUUUGUGCAAUAACAGCAUCUGAUAAGAUGCUGCUUGUGGGAAGAGAGUCCGGCACUCUUCAGAGAUACAGUCUUCCCAAUGUUGGUAUAGUACAGAAGUUUACCCUGAACUGUCAUGCGUAUCAGCUGUCUUUGAACUGUAACUCCAGUCGUGUUGCUGUCAUAGACCUUUCAGGUGUUUUGACUUUCUUUGACUUGGAUACAAAGGUAGUAACCAGUACAGGACAGCAAAUGAUAGGUGAGCAGCUGCAACUGGAACGCAAAGAUGUCUGGGAUAUGAAAUGGGCCAAAGAUAACCCAGAUCUGUUUGCAAUGAUGGAGAAAACAAGAAUGUAUGUUUUCAGAAACUUGGAUCCAGAGGAACCUAUACAAACUUCUGGAUAUAUUUGCAACUUUGAAGACUUAGAAAUCAAAUCUGUUCUUCUCGAUGAAAUAUUAAAGAAUCCUGAACAUCCUAACAAAGAUUACAUCAUCAAUUUUGAGAUUCGAUCAUUACGAGACAGUCGAGCGUUGAUUGAAAAAGUUGGUAUCAAGGAAUCUUCCCAAUUCAUAGAAGACAAUCCACAUCCCAGACUUUGGCGUCUCCUGGCUGAAGCUGCUCUUCAGAAGCUGGAUCUGCAGACUGCUGAACAAGCUUUUGUACGCUGCAGAGAUUAUCAAGGUAUUAAAUUUGUGAAGCGUCUAGGCAACCUGCAGAGCGAGUCAAUGAAGCAAGCAGAAGUGGCAGCCUAUUUUAGCAGAUUUGAAGAAGCUGAAAGAAUGUAUCUGGAUAUGGACAGAAGAGAUCUUGCCAUUGGACUGCGGAUAAAACUGGGAGAUUGGUUCCGAGUAUUGCAGCUGUUGAAAACUGGCUCAGGUGAUUCAGAUGAUGCCCUUCUUGAACAAGCACACAAUGCUAUUGGAGAUUACUUUGCAGACCGUCAGAAGUGGUUAAAUGCUGUACAGUAUUAUGUACAAGGACAAAACCAGGAACGUUUAGCUGAAUGUUACUACAUGCUAGAGGACUACCAAGGACUGGAAAAUCUAGCUAACUCACUUCCAGAGAAUAAUAAAUUACUCCCUGAUAUAGCUUAUAUGUUUGUAAGAGUGGGGAUGUGUGAACAAGCUGUGUCAGCCUUUCUGAAAUGUAAUCGACCAAAGGAUGCGGUUGAUACCUGUGUACAUCUCAACCAGUGGGAUAAAGCUGUGGAGCUGGCUAAAAAUCACAACAUGAAAGAGAUUGGAUCCUUGUUAGCCAGAUAUGCAAGUCAUUUACUGGAAAAGAAUAAAAUCUUUGAUGCCAUAGAACUCUAUCGUAAAGCAAAUUAUUUCUUAGAAGCUGCUAAGCUCAUGUUCAAGAUUGCAGAUGAAGAGUCAAAGAAAAGGACAAAGCCUUUGCGAGUUAAAAAGCUUUAUGUAUUAUCAGCCUUACUUAUAGAACAGUGUCAUGAACAAAUACAAAAUGCACAAAGGGGAAAAGUUAAAGGAAAAAGUUCAGAGACUGUUUCAGCUCUGGCUGGUUUGCUAGAAGAAGAUGUUCUUUCUUCAACUAAUCACUUUGCAGACAAUGCUUGGCGAGGAGCUGAAGCUUACCAUUUUUUCAUACUAGCACAAAGACAGCUCUAUAAAGGUUCUGUAGAAGCAGCACUUAAAACAGCUCUUCAUUUGCGAGAUUAUGAAGACAUUAUCCCUGCAGUUGAAAUCUAUUCUCUUCUGGCACUCUGUGCAUGUGCAAAUAGAGCAUUUGAUACUUGUUCAAAAGCCUUUGUUAAACUAGAAUCAUUGGAAACUCUUAGGCCAGAGCAGAGACAACAGUAUGAAGACCUUGCUCUAGAGAUAUUCACAAGACAUAGUCCGAAGAGUAACAAAAAAUCUGACCUGGAUGACAUGCUUGAUAGCGUAGAUGGGAAACUUCCUCUAUGUGUUGCAACAGGAGACCCGAUCCUCGAGCAGCGGUUCUGGAUGUGCAGUGUAUGUAAGCACUGUAUGAAACCCAAAGAGGCAAGCAAUUAUAGCUUCUGUCCUCUGUGCCACAGCACAGUAUAGCAAAAGAUAAAGGACUGUUUAUCCUCGUAUCUGUUACAGAUCCUAAAAAUAGUCUCUAAAAUGUUACUGACUGAUGUACUAAUAUUUUGAAAU